AUGAAGCAAAACUUAAAACCAAAGUUUCACUCGCCAAUUCGAAAUUCCUCCCCAAGCGCCGAAGCCCUAAGCACGACGCUUGGCAAAGACUCUUACCAUUGAAGUUUCAGUAAGGCUGACCGAUUUAUGCACAGAAAAAAUGCGACAACUCCUGAUUUUAUUGUUCCGCCUACAUCUUUGUCCAAACGGUCCACUUCAUUCGGUUUUGGUAGAAGAUGGGAACCUAAGAACGAAAAAGGAAGGGACUCGCCGCCACCCACAGCAUAUAACCCGCCAAGUUCGUUUACAAUGAAUUCAAGGACAGUUAAUUUCAGUGCUGGGACUGUUGCUGAAAGAACUCCAAUUAAAACGAAAUUUGUGCCAGGACCUGGGACUUAUAAUGUGUCACUUCCCAUUGGAGAAAACAGCCCGAAAUUUACAUUUAGGCCGAGAAUUCAAUUGAAGGAAAAAUAUUUAGUUCCUCCUCCCGGGACUUAUAAUCCAAGUUUUAAAGUGAUUGAAAGAUCAAAUUUUUCAAAAAUUGGAUUUGGGUUUGGAGAUAGAGGGAAGAUACAGUCAAGAGAUGAAAACCCUGGACCGGGGACUUAUGAUUUGCCAGGAAUUUUUACAAGAACGAAUAGUAAAUUUUUUGCGCCGAUAAGGAAUCAAACCCCACUUGCAAAGAAAUCUAAUGAUGAUAGUUUUUAA